AUGGAGAUGGACAAAGAUCCUGAUCCGGAAAUGCCACCAUCUGGGACGCCCACGCAUCCCAUUGAGAUAUCCAGCGGAUCAUCCUUUCAUGGUUCGCCUUACAGGGGCCCUAACAUUUUUGCUGAAAGAUGGGCCACAUACAAGUGGGAGUACACUCCCCCUUACUACACCUCACCACCACACCAACAGAUCCCUUCUGAGGACCCGCAUUUUCAGGCAGUCACGCCACCGCCACCGCCACCGCUAGAGCAGCAACUGCCUCCAGAACCACCGAGGCGAAGAAGAGGUGCACGGAUGUCCGUGCGUGGGGGAUUCCAUUUCAGCACCCCCCAACACUCCAGCAACAGCAACUACCCGCCGCUGUAUGAAGACCCGCAAAUGGGUGCAGCUGGGUACAACCCUUUUGAGCAGCCAGCUUAUUCUGGUUACAACUAUAACAAUGCCCCUGCCAUUGACCCGUACCUCGAGGCAACCAACUCCAAUGCUCUCUACCCUGGACCCUUUCCAGCUACGUACCCAACUGGGUACCCCGCAUAUGGGUAUCAAUACCCACCACCUCCUCAACCUCAGCAGCAGCAGCCGCCGUAG